AAAACCUUUGAUUCGAUUCUCCACCUCAUCCUCGGCUUGCGGCUGCGCCCGCACCUGCGGUGUCCUCUCUGCGCCCCCCCGCCCCCUUCUCUCUCUCUUCCUUCCCUUUUCGAUCCCUUCUCGUUCUUCUUCGAUGUUCUGAUUUGAAUCUCCGAAGCUUCUCGUCGGUCUCGUAAUUUGCUUGAUCCAAUCGUCUCAAUCCCAGCUUCUUUGUCGGGGAGGCGAACGGAAGGGAAGAGAGGGAUCGUCCACUUGAUAGAUAGACGGAGAUAGAUAGAUCGAUCGAUCCAUCGCAAUGAUAACCAUCCCUUAUCUGACCGCUCUGACUACGUAUUUUAGUUAUGGGUUGCUUUUCGCGUUCGGCCAAUUGCGCGACUUCUUCCGGAAAAUCUUCGAUUGGUGGCGUUCCAGCAACCUUCAGGGUUAUGCGCCGAUCUGCUUGGGAUUAGAGGACUUCUACAUUCGUCGCCUGUACCUUCGCAUUCAGGAUUGUUUUGGACGACCAAUAUCAAGUGCUCCCGAUGCCUGGAUUGAUGUGGUCGAGCGCUAUUCCAACGAUAACAACAAGACCCUAAAACGAACCACGAAGUCAAGCAGGUGUCUUAACUUGGGUUCGUACAACUAUCUUGGCUUUGCUGCAUCUGAUGAGUACUGCACCCCGCGUGUGAUUGAGUCGCUGAAGAGGUUCUCACCUAGCACUUGCAGCAGUCGCGUUGACGGCGGAACCACAACCCUGCACAAUGAAUUGGAGGCAUGCGUUGCUAGCUUCGUAGGGAAGCCAGCUGCUAUUGUCUUCGGCAUGGGCUAUGCGACGAACUCUGCCAUCCUUCCAGUUUUGAUCGGCAAAGGAGGUCUGAUUAUCAGUGAUUCACUGAACCACAACUCGAUUGUAAAUGGCGCUCGAGGCUCUGGAGCUACAAUUCGAGUUUUUCAACAUAAUACACCUGCUCACUUAGAGAAGGUUUUGAGGGAGCAAAUUGCUGAAGGACAACCAAGAACACACAGGCCAUGGAAGAAGAUAAUUGUUGUAGUUGAAGGGAUAUACAGUAUGGAAGGGGUUCUCUGCGAACUUCCAGAGAUUGUUGCAGUCUGCAAGAAGUAUAAGGCCUACAUUUACUUGGACGAGGCUCAUAGUAUUGGUGCAAUCGGCAAAACUGGAAGAGGGGUUUGUGAACUUUUAGGGGUUGAUACUACUGAUGUUGAUGUCAUGAUGGGAACUUUCACAAAAUCGUUUGGAUCAUGUGGUGGCUAUAUUGCUGGAUCUGAGGAGCUCAUACAAUAUCUGAAGUAUACUUGUCCAGCUCAUCUAUAUGCAACUUCAAUUUCACCUCCUGCUGCCCAACAGAUUAUAUCUGCUAUAAAGGUCAUUCUUGGAGAAGAUGGUUCUAGCAGAGGUGCUCAAAAACUGGCAAGAAUACGUGAGAACAGCAACUUUUUUAGGUCAGAGCUGCAGAAGAUGGGCUUUGAGGUUCUUGGGGAUAACGAUUCUCCUAUUAUGCCCAUAAUGCUUUAUAAUCCAGCAAAAAUUCCUGCCUUUUCACGCGAAUGUCUCAAACACAAAAUUGCUGUUGUCGUGGUUGCUUUUCCUGCUACUCCUCUUCUUUUAGCGAGGGCGCGUAUUUGCAUAUCUGCCUCUCAUACUAAGGAAGACCUUCUCAAGGCACUCGAGGUUUUUAGUGAAGUGGGUGAUUUGGUGGGCAUUAAGUAUUUCCCUGCUGAACCCAAGAAGCCACAACAGGAGAGAGGCGUGAUAAAAGAGGACUGAGGCUUCGAAGGAUAGACUUAAAAGUCAUGUAAAGUCUCCACGGGAGGCAGUUCUAACACAUGUUGUCACUACCCCUCAUUCCCUGGCUUUGUUCUGAAAAUCAAUGCAAUCAGGGUGGCCUCGGGCGACAAAAUUCAGGCUUGUUCUAUUCCUAUGUUUGUCAUAGUAUUAAUAAAUUUUGCUCGGUUGAUUUAAGGUGUACAUAUGAUCCCUGGUCAGAUUUAAGUAAUCCUGUUAUUACUGAUGAAAAGAUCCUGCCGCUAUUGUCUGUCUGGAAUGUAUCUGAAUCCCCUUUUUCGUAGUGAACCUUUUUAUUAUGAAGCUUAGCACGAGAGGGGUGAUAUGCACA